GAAAGACAUUAGGCCAUCUGUCACAGUAUCUUACCAAAGUCAUCACAUGUGAAAAAUCGUCUCCAACAGAUUAACACACACACUCUUUUUUUUCUGUUUUGGCUGUUUCAGGAAAUAUGGUGAGCAAAGAGGACACCAAAUGCGUUGUUCUCUCAAAUUCAGAUGAAUCAGAUUCAGAAACAGUUCCCUCACACAGCAUCGACGCACAGUCCGGGUCCGAAUCUGGCAAACAGCAGGUGAAGAAGAGAAACAAGGCUUUGCAAGUGCGUUUUAAGGAUAUCUGCGAAGCUCAGAAAGAGCAUCGUGCCAGACGCUCCAGGUCCAUUUCCUGUAAAGUUACCCACAGAAAGUACAUGACAAUGCCUGCCCGGCGAUCUAUCCCUAACGUGACCAAGAGUACUGGUGUCCAGACUUCACCAGAUCUUACAAAACGGUAUAAGACUUUCCCAUUUGAAAGGAAAAAAGGACACACCUUUAAACAUGCUGCUUUAGUGGAAGACUACAGAGGACAAAACAAUGGAUUUUUGAGUGACAUAAAAGCAGUAGGAGAUGAUGGACAACCUACUGGGGAGUCAUCUAAGUACAAGGGUAAGAUUGUGGGGCAGACAAAAGCACUGCUUCACCACACUGAUGACAGCAGUGAUACAGAGGAUUUGCUUUCCAGUGCCAACUGUGUGGAUGGACCCUCACAUUUCUCAGAAGAGGGUCAUCCUACCAGCUCUCCUUCCAAAAGUGAACCAGAAUACAAGGUUUGUGGGACAAGGACCAAACAUAAAGGAUUACCCAAAGAAGACAUGGAUGCUGGCACUUCCUCAAAGCGCCAGCUAGCUGACUCAGAGUUUUCGCAGGACAAGCCAAAGGGCACAGGCCCUGUUGCAUGGAACUCUUUGACACAGGUGGAGUCUUUAGGAAGCCCCUCUGUGAGCUGUAAACGGAAAAAGGAUACACAGCUAAAUGAGCAACAGUCACGGACACUUCCCCAUAGUGCCAAAUGUUCUUUAAAGUCGCAAGGGCAGUGUCGGACAAGGCAUGUGUCAGCCUCCUCUAAACUCCAGCGAACACACGGGGGUGACGAGGGCUUUCCUCCAGGAGCCACAGGCAUCGGGAGCAGCCAGCAGAUAAUAACCUUAUCUGGAGACAAGGAUAUCAAAGCACAGCUGCAGGCCAUGGAAAGUCUCAUCAGCUCAAGCCAGGAGACCAUCAAGGUCCUUCUUGGAGUUAUUCAGGAGCUGGAGAAAGGUGAAGCACAGAGAGAGGGGCUCUCCUACCGAACAGGACAAGACACAGCAAAUUGUGACACUUGUCGAAACAGCGCCUGCAUCAUUUACAGUGUCGAGCUGGACUUUAAGCUGCAGGAGGACAAGCUACAGCCUCUGAUGAAGAGACUUUGUCCCCUGGACAGCCAACAGUGCCCUGCUCUGCCUUACUCCAAUGAAGUUUUCACAUCUACUCCUAAACGCAAGUCCAAGACAGAAUCCAAAAAGCAUGCUCGAUGGAAACUAUGGUUCCUCUAAAUAAAACCUGAAGCCUUUGGAAACAACCAUUUUCUUGGGCACGUUAAUACCCCUGUCAUUCUCAAAAUUGCUGAAGGAAUAUUCAAAUGGGGUAAUCAACCCAUGGGAAUGGAAACCACGUGAUUUAAGGUUCUGUGUUGAGAUUCCACACCGUGUCACCUGGGGACUUGAGACCAAAAAAAUAAAAAAUAAAAACAUUUUAAAUUCAGUCUUACCUUUUCUGGCAUGUUUGCUGGACAGGAUCGACACACAUCUGCAAAAACUAGAGUAUAUUGCUUGGCAACAAGAGGAGGAGCCAUGUGGAGGGUCUUUUAUGGGUGAAGCUCUAAUCUUUAAACGGACAUCAGCCCCCCCCCACCCCCCACCUCCUGAAAGCACAAACAUUUGACUUUUGAGAG